ACCGCAAAAGGGUGCGCCGCGACCUGCGUUUACUCGGCGACGAGUCGUUUUCCAAAACAGUCUCUUCUAAUCGAAAACCUCGUUGUGGCUGUGAGCCAGAAGUAGGGUAUUUUUCAUUACGAGGCUACUAUCGCACACUCUCAAAACGGACAAGACCGAAAAACUGGUGCAAGUGUGACUAUUUGGGUUAAAAACUUAUUAUUUUUUGUCGCAUCGCGACUGUAAAACCCAGAUUUCUUUUCUUUAGUUUUGUUAGCAAGCAUUCAUUGAAAAAUAAGACGAUUUUAAAAGACCCAGAAGAUUGCAACAUGAAACUUUAAUUUCACGGAAGUAGGAUGUUAACUCGGAUAUGUUUACUGUAAAAUUUUACGGCUGUUGCUCAGUUUGUUUAUUACCACCUUACAUUAACGCCGUGCUUACAAUUUGUAUGUGUAAUUCACGAAUACAACAGACAUAGAUCAGAUCAGUGGUUAUAAAAGGUUCCUUACAACAUGGCAGGUCAUACUUCAGACAAGGUACUACCUCCUCCUUCUUAUGAGCAAGUAACAGGGGGGCGUACCCAGUUUGGGCUACCUCCUCGGGUACCACUGACUUAUGUUGACUUUUGGCCAGUGUGUACCACCCCGGAACAGAAACUGAAGAGAGCUGAAUUUGAGACAUUUGAGGUUUUAGUUCAGAAGGCAAACCAGUGGUUGAGUCGAAAUAUCAACUUUCAGGUGAAGAAAUGUGAAACUCUGAUGAAAAAAGUCAACAGUUUUGAUGACAUCUACAAUGGGAAUAUGUACUAUAAAAGUGGUGGCACAACAUUGUGUAUAUAUGGACUAAGGUUAUGGUUGGGAGAGAGAACAGAUCUUGACGGGCGUCCAGAGCAGAUUGGGGUGAUGAGUUUCAUGCCUGUCUCUCUCACUCCCGGCCAGUUUACAAAUGUCAAAUCGGCACAAUUUGAAAAUCUUGGGGAAACCUAUAACAGAGUUAAUGGCUAUCUGCUACAGAAUCCUCUGCAAGGCAAGAUUUUAACAGUGGAGACAGUUUUCCUUCGACUUGGCCGACACAUUUUCAAGGACCUUCAAGGCAAUGUGGACCCAAACCAGACUGCUUGGUAUGACCACAUCGAAAGAGUCCGCAUAGGAACAGUUAGGAUAUAUUUCAUACUUGGAGAAGCUGUUUACGAAGAAAUAGGUGCUGCUGAUUUUCUACCAGACUUGUUGAGAGAGCCUGGCCUACUCUCUGGCAUGAAGUAUACAGAUAUAUCAGUUCCCAUUCAAAAAGCUUCUGUUUGGCUCCAAUCAAAUCAGGGUGUCCGCUUUUUGAGUUUGCAGACUCUUGAUGUUGAAUAUCACCAAACAAGGGAUCCACAUUUACAGAGUAUGACUCUGUUUGAAUCUAAACUGGAAGCAAAAACAGAAGUAGCCUUCAUUCGAGUCCACUAUGCCAAGCCAAGAGGAGCCAUUGUGGCGCCCCCUACUGUUAAUCUCACAGCACCCCUCAGCUACAAGACUUUCUUGCCUGUUCUCUAUGCAGCAGAUGGAUGUUGUGGGUCAGAUAGGUCUUAUGAAGACGUUCACCAGACUAUGGUUCGUGUUAUAGCGUGGUUGAAUGCAGUGCGAGCACCUGUGGUGACUGUGGAGACAAUAGGACGUAUUCACGCAGAUGCUGAGGACAGAAAAUAUGGUUCUGAUGGAACUAUAGUCAGCAAUGAGUGGUAUACCACCACUGACAGUGAAGGUCGUACACAAGGACCGUAUAGACAUAACUUAAUGUAUUACAUCAGAGUAUACCUGGCAGGCACCUACACAGAGCCCCCGGCAGAAGUUCUUCCCCCAGUGCCAGUGGUAGACGAGAGCUGUACAAUAUUGUAACAAUUUUCUUAUAAAGCCCCCCCUCCCCCAUUUACCUCCAGAGCUCACAUCAGGGCUCGGUAAUUUGAAAGCAUCACAGAAUUGCGAUAGUGAUAUCACCUUUCAUUUCGAGGCCGUUAUUUGGGGCCAGUAAAUCCCAAGUUAUAUAAUAUAGGCGAAUCUCCAUGCUUGCACUCAGUUGCAAUUCACGCUGCUUUCGAGUUACGGAGCUCACAUCAGACAUGACAGUCAUGUGAUCAAAGCCCUGUGAUGUCUUUAUGUCAUGCCUCAUGGAAUUUGCUAAAAAUGUGUUAAGUCUCUAUAGUAAUGUUGAACUUUUUUUUACCAAUUUUCUUAUUGGUAUAAUAUUCUCCGUUGAUGAAGCCCUGGAAGUUAAAACUCCUCUAAGGAUUAAACAUGGUGGGUUUACAGGUGCUAAUUGUAGAGUUUUUCUGUACCAGUUAGGAUGUAAUAUUUUUUUGCUAUUUGGUGAUAUUGAUCAAAUGUUCAAAUGUGACACAAAAGAGCAAUUUGGGUGCUCGUGUUUUAUGUAUCAGUAGUAUAUAUUUGUGUACUUUAUGGGUCCUUUUCUGAGAGAUGCAGGACUUAUAGUUAUAUUCAGAAUGAUCUGAAAAAUAAACUUUUUAAAUAUAUUUUGAGAAUUUUUUUGACAAGAAAUUUGCCAGUAAAUAUUUUGUUUAACAGUCUACCAUAAUAUGAAUAGCAGUUGAUGUGAUUUUCAUAGUUUAUAAUUAUCAAGCACAGGAUCACAACUUGUCAUAUAACAUAUCAUAUGAAUGACUACUGUAUCACUUUAUUCAAAUACUCAGUCUGCACCAAAAAUUUACUCUUGUUGCCAAGGACACUGGGGCCUAAGAAUUUAAUUGUUCAAAGCAGAAUCCAAGGCCAGCAACCGGAGAAAUGUACAAAAUUUUACUGAACUGGCUGAAAAUUGUGCUGGCGUUCGGUUGGCAUAGGGCUACUUAUUAGUACUAACAUUGACUGCGCCAUAUCAUUUAUCAUUACAGAUACACAGAAAUGCCAUGGAAAUACUUUCUCAAUUUGUACUGAUAUUAUUUUUGAGAACUCUGCUGUUGUGUAAUGAAUGAAAAUUGGACUGAAUAUAAAUAACCAUACAUUUUCAUAAGAUAAUCGCCUUGAAUUGGUUUUGUAAGAUGUAUAGUAUGACAUGGUUUCAUAGGAUAUAUAUGCCAUGAUAUGGUUUAAUUGGUAGGAUAUGUGCCAUGGCAUGUUUUCGUAGGAUACAUGGUUUGGUAAGAUAUGCAGUGUAUGACAGGGUGGUAGGGUGUAUGAUAGGAUGUUUGAGAGGGUGAAUCUCCAAGAUUUCUGUUGUGUAAACUGUUGUAUUACAAGGGAUGUCAAUGUCUAGGUGAUCAGCUGUUUAAAAUGGGCCACAGAACUUCUACAGAUGUUCUGGCAAUUUUAUUAUUUUACAAUUGUCAGUCACUGCAUAUGAUCUUUAAAAGUUUGUUAAUGCAGUGAAUGUUAGUACAAUAUUUAUAUACAUAGUAUAUUAUUUUUAAUCAGUUAUUGUGAAAGAUAAAAUGGCUCUCUUACAGUAACUGUCAAGUCUUGAUUUUGAAAUAUGUUUUAUUUUUCUGUAUGUUUAAAAAGACUGAAAAUAUUUCUUGUUGUACAGUUUCAACUUUUUAAAAAAGCUACAUGUUUGCCAAUUUAUAUCGCAUGUGACAUGCAUUUAUGGUUGUUUUGUAUUAUUUUUUCUUUGCUAAUGAGAAACACUAAACAAAAUAUCACUUAAAUUUGAAUAGGCCAAGGUGAUAGAGCAUAUUUUCUGCAAUAGAGUAUUUUUUUGUGACAAUAUGCGUUCUCCUUUCUACAUAGAAUUCUGAAUGUUUAACACAUAAGCAUAAGAAUUGUGUACCACACAAUAUACUGAAGAUAUUCAACAUCAGUGGACAAGUAUAUCUGUGCAUCGAUACAAAUGUGUUGUUUUAUAUACAAAGAAAAAUGCAUUCCCUAUUGUAUAUUUUUCUCUUUUUUCAUCAAUUGUGAGGUUCUUGUUUAGAUUUUGACACAUAUUCCUUAUCUUGCCUUAUAAACCGUGUAUAUUUUUAAACGAUGUACGGUAGAACAGCUAUGAUACAUGUAGCACUGUUAGAUUCGCAAAUCGAUAAUAUUUUGAUCUACGUAGUACUAACCAAUGUUUUCCUCUCUGGAUUAAGUGAAAUAAAAACAAAGAAAUCGAAAC